UAUGUUGACACCUAAUAAAAAUACAAUCCUUGAAAAAAUAAGUAGAAAAUUGGAACUAAUAUAAAUUGGGUAUAACUCUCAAAUUUUGAAACAAAUUUUACCGCUUAAAGGCCUUUUAAUGAUAUGAUUUGUGAUACGUAUGUAUGUGUUUUGGUCAACAAAUUUUUCUCUUUCAAAUUAUACAUAUUUUGACUGGAUCGGUUCAUGAAUAGGAAAAGUAUGAUAAUAUAUAAAAAAACAUAACAAGUCUAUAACUCCAUAACUAAAAAUUGGUUAACCAAAAGGCAUAUCACAAAUUAUAGAAUUAAAAGAUCUUUAAGUGGUGAAUGUUCAAAAUUAGAGAGUUAUACAUAUUGUAAAUAUAUGUACGUCAAAGAGUAAAUUGUUUCCUAGUAGUGUGGCAACUUGUUAAAUGUCAUUCUUUUUGUUUACACUUGAUUUUGUAUUAUUUUUGACAAAAAUAUCAAUAAAUAGAAUAUUAAUUAAAAAUGUUAAAUUUUUUAAAACAAACACGUAAAUUCGUUAAUACUAAGGAACCAAUUUGUAUUGUUUUGGGAAACGAAUCCUGUGAUUUGGAUUCAGCAGUAUGUGCUGUUUCUAUGGCAUAUUAUUAUCAAAAGAAUAGAAACUCUUGUUUAAAUACACCAAAGGCUUAUAAUUACUUACCAGUACUGAAUAUUCCUAAACGAGACUAUCCGCUAAAAACUGAAGUAAAAUAUAUAUUUCAAGAAAAUAACAUUAGUGAGGAAUGGCUAACGUUUAAAGAUGAGUUGAAUGAGGACUUUUUGAAGGAUUCGGCAUUUGUAUUAGUCGAUCAUCAUGUUAGUCCCUGGUUAAAAAACUGCAUAGCAAUAUACGAUCAUAGACCUAAAGAUGCGGCAGCAAUUAUAUCAGAUAAAUGUGAUUUGCAUUUGAAUUUAGUAGGUUCCUGUGCAACUCUUGUGGCAGAGAAAUUUGUAAAUGCAAAAAUGUUGGAUGCUUCGGAAAAGGAGAUUUUAAAUUUAUUGCGUAGUACUAUCGUAUUGGAUACCGUUAACUUUUCAGAGUCUGCGGCCAGGGCAACGCCCAAAGAUCUCGAAAUUUGUUUAGCCUUGGAGGAAGUUUUGGAGAAAUUUAACUGUUUACAAAACAGAGAAACUUUGUUUGAAACAUUAGUUAAGGCCAGAGCAGAUGUGGGUUCCUUGACGGCUUCACAGUUGUUGCGAAAAGAUCUUAAAAUUUUAACUUCAAACAAAAAUGGUGGCAACAUUAAUAUCGCCAUACCCGGUUUCCCACUUCUGGUGCAGCAUUUUAUUUCCAAAUCCGGUGCAGAAGAUGCUGUAAAAGAAUUUGCCCAAGAAUUUAAUUGUAGCGUUGUGCUAUUGAUGGGUAUGUUUGUCCAACCGGAAGACAAUAGUGUUCAUCGUGAUUUUGGUUUAAUAAAUAUAAGCGACUCUACUAUGUGUGAAUCCAUUAAAAAACGACUUUUGUCACUAGAUGAACCUAAUUUAUGUGUCGAACUUUACAAUAAUUGUAAUUUUAUGGAUGGAUCAUUUUAUAAACAACAAAAUAUUAAGAUAACAAGGAAACAUGUUUUACCAAUUGUAAAAAAUAUUUUAGAUCAAUAAAAAAACCGAGAAAUUUUUUUAAAAUAAAUCCUAA